GGACGUCUGGCCAAUCACGGCUCUUCCCAGGGAGCACUUCCGGUGGCGUUUCCUGUCAGUGUUUGUAAACUGAGAAAAAAUUGGAAGUGCGACAAGAAAUAUUAAUCCACAAAACUCUUAAAAUCGAAAGGCUUUGGCCCCUGAUGAUUUGGGUGGGUGUGGUCUCCUUCUCUUAACCCUCAUCCUGAGUGAAGCCCCCUCUGUCCCCCCUAAACACACACGCAUUCAAACCACGGCGAUGACACACCAUUCCAACAACUCUGUUCGAGACCAUAUGAAAUGGGCUGGGUUGCUGGGCUGCGAAGCGGUGUUGUCCAGCAUGGCCCUCAUGCAAGCCAACAAUAUCCCAAGCCAAAAAAGGAUGACGUCAGCUUUGGGUCAGGGGCACAGGGCCAGUCCUGAGAGCCACCAAACCCAUACGCAGCACAGCCAAAACCAUCACGGACACCAGGUUCACCAUGGACAAGCGCACCACAGCCACGUGGGCCAUCCAUCAGCUGGAAGCUGUCCACCCCUGCUAAUCCGAAAAGACGGGGAUUAUCACUCAUCAAGAUUGAUGGAUGGAAAGGACACGCAGGCAAACCAGAAUAUGCAACCCAAGAAGAAGCACAAAAAAUCAGGGUCAUCUAACAAAGUUAAAGUGGAGCAUUUACUUCCAGCAAUCGAUAUGGAUGAUGACAGUUCCUUGAAAGUCCAGAAGAACUUCAUCUGUGAUCACUGCUAUGGAGCUUUCCGGAGUAGCUACCACCUCAAGCGACAUAUACUUACACAUACAGGGGAAAAGCCAUUUGCUUGCGACGCGUGCGAUAUGCGGUUCAUUCAGCGCUACCACCUGGACAGACACAAGAGGGUGCACAGCGGAGAGAAGCCGUACCAGUGUGAUCGCUGCCAUCAGAACUUCUCGCGGACAGACAGGCUGCUGAGACACCGACGGCUAUGUACGGUUGGGGUGAACAAAGAGGAAAACCAGUACUCACAGGACGCAUCUGCCCAUCCAGCUUCCUGGAGCCCUCUACAGCCUUCCAACAACCGACUCACUGUCUGACCCCCUCAGCUUCCCACAGAGACCCUACAGACAGCAGCAGUGUGCAGCUCAGUGAUGUCACAUGUUGGAGCUCAACAGUACUGUAACCUGAAAACAGCCUAGCUUAAACACAACCAAACUUUAGUGCCCUCGCGCCAGCUCCUUCUUAGAGCUUGAUAGUGGAUUUUUUGUACUUUUUUAUCUACUGUUACAUUUACGAAACAGGCAAAAGAGGAAGGACUAAUUCGCGGUCUUGGACAGCUGGUCAUUGUAUUAUGGCAAUAACUGAAUGAAAAACGCACACGUGUCCUUCUGUUGGAGAGGUUGCAGGUGUUUUUUGGUUUUGCUGCCAAGGGAUUGCAAGUAUUUCUGACUGAACUGACCGUCAGUGUAUCAUGCAGCACCUCUUAGGUGUCCUGUUGACCUGCAUCAUGUACCAGCUACUGCUCCUAAGUGAAACACCACAGCAGACUUGUGGUCCCUGCUGCCUUGAGGUAGUAAAUAGCCACCUAUCCAUUACUGUAGGUGUUGUGUGCAUAACAUAAAAUUAAAUUAAAUGUACUUUUUGAUAACACUGAUCUCAGCAUGAAAGGGGCAUAUUAAAAUACGAACUAGUCAUCCAUUUUUAAUUCCCAUAGAAGCCUUUUUUCCCAACACAGAAGUCUUAAAUGAAUCUAAAAUGACUUCUUACAAGCUAUUCAUCUAGAUUUAAAACUCCAGGUGCAACGAUCUUUUUAGCGAUCUUGAGAAAACACUAAAGGUUGUCUCGAUGCUCCUGAAAUGUUAUGUUUUCAACUAAUCUUGCAUUAGUUAAGUUGUGUAGUGACUUGUCUCACACCUUCACUGGUCAGCCUUGUUUCAAAGGGGUUUUGUCCUGAAUUUUCAUAGGUUACCCUGUUGAAAUACAGUAGAAGGCUGAAGGCUUUGUCGGAAGAGCCCAGAUUUUUAAGCUGUUGAAGUUGGUGAAAGUUUUUUGUUUUUUUUUUAAACAAUAUUAACAGGACACAGGAAUUGCCCGUCUGUUGAUAAAAUGAGGUGUUUCCUAAAGUGUUUUAAAUUCCUUAUGUUUACUGUCUGUCUGUUCCUAGAAACCACCGUCAGUAAUUUUUCCACUCUCUGCAUUCAUAGACUCGUCUGACCUUUCCAAGUAAUGUUAAUGACGUGAGGCUGAGUCAGUGUAUUAUCUGAAAUCCUGAGUUUCACCUUAAGGUUCUGGAGGUUUAAUUCAGUGCCCCUGAUAACGUCCCAGAUCACUUUAAAGAGUUGAAGGUUUCAUUUGACUCCCUCAUAGACUUUUAGAGCUCACCUUCAUCUUGACCUGACUGAAUGUGAUCUGAAUACAGUGCCAUGCGGUCUCUAGUUCAACCUUGAGCAUCUUCAGUGAAGGUGACUAAUCAUAAACGGUGGACGAGGUACUAUAAGGUCCACGUGGUGUUUUGUAUGACGAUAGCCUACAUAUUAUUAUGUUCAAGUUUCUGUAUGAAUAAUUCAGACUGUAAACACUGGACUGAGGACCUUAGCUCAGUUGUAGAGGAUUGUAUUGUAGACUGGUACUUCUGUUGCUGUCAAACUUUUAGACUAUGUAAAAGGAAUUCGGGGCCCAUCACUGACUUGUCUGCUUUUUAUGAAGUUAAUAUAUAUGUAAAUUGUACUAGGGAUAGAAAAUAGUAUGUAUGGGACCUACGCUCCAAAAUAAAAUCAAAGUAUUUACAAAGUUAUAAUCCUUAGAUUUCUUAUGACAGCUGGAAGCCAAUGGCAAGUCAUCUUUCAGCUUGCUAGUAGGACUAAAGUACAAGCUGCCGCUCUUGCCCCUUUUAGUAUAGCAACAAUGAUUAGUCAAGAUGUUUUUUACGUUUCUUUUGCAUGUAUUUGUUGGAGGAUCUUGUAUACAUUUUGUUUUGGUAAAAAAAAAAAAAUGUUCAAAAUGUAAGCCCCACAUUUUAUAUUUUAUUUUAUUUUUUGUUUAAUUUCAGGGGUGAAGUAAAAUCAGUGACUCACUCAGUCAAUCAUACUGUAGUAUUUAGUUUGUGAUAGAGUUUUAGGGCCCCAAGUCUGAAUAAAACUGUUACACUUUUGAAACAAA